UGCUACGCUUGGCACCAACUAAAAAUGGAAGGCGAUGGCAGGAAGAGGGCGGCUAAUUGGUCAAACGCAGAGGAGAUGGUUUUAAUCGAGGAGUGUACAAAAAGGGAGGAGACUUUAUUUGGGAAAAUAAAGGGGUGUGGUGCAUUGGGGAAAAUUUCAAAACUGAAAGAAAAUGGGUGGCAAGAGGUGGUUGAUGCUCUGAAUUCACAAUUUAUAACAAAAAAGAGGGAAAUAGUAGAGGUAAAGAAGAAGUAUCAUAAUAUAAAACAAAGAAGUAAAGAAAAACUCGACCAGAUGAAAAGGCCCAAAACAGGUGGGGGACCGAAUCAAAAACAAGCUACUGGUACAUUUAAGGAAGAUUCGGCAGAUAAAACUAGUACGAUAAUGACACCAACACCAAAAAGGCAAAAAGUUUGUAAAGGGUUAACACAGCUAGAAGAAGAAAACAUAAGAUUAGAUAAUGAAAGAAUAAAAUUAGAGAUAGAAAAAUUGAAACAACAAAGGAGAAAUUUGGAAAUAGAAUAUGAAAUUCUGUGUAUAAAAAGAAAUAAAUUAAAUGAAUGA